AAUCGGUCUCGGUAUGUUGUGAUGGAGAAACGGAGCUUUUCUAAACUCCGAGUCAAUUGAAUCAGUUGCUUCGCAGUUUCUAAACGAUUCACUGUUUCGAGUCGAUCGAAUCACUGCACGCGCAGAGCGACACAAACAUCAAUUACAUAUUUUAUAAACUAAAUGAAAGUGUUUUCAUGAAAGUUCAAUCUGUUAAACGUAUUCUACAAGUCUUUAGAUACUAAAUAUAAUUCGUAAAUAACUAAGUUCGUAUUCUGUGUUACUCUUGUAUUAAUUUGAAAUCUGGUUUUAAGUGUUUUUGAGAGUGUCUGUCUAGUCAGGAAAGUUAGAAUCAAUGAAGUAUCGUCUAAAAGAGUCAGUGCUGUCAGAAAUGCUCUGCUUUCCGCAUCUGAAGUCAUAAUUACACGUUAUAGUAGUUUGUUGUUGGCAAUCAUGGAGUACGCCAUGUUCAUGCUCACUUAUUAGUGUGGAAAUCUUAUUAAAAGACAAAAUGUUUUAUAUAUUCACCACUUCCAGGAAAACUCCUGGUUCAGCUGAGAUCCACGUUACAAAGAUGUCGUUUAUUAAAGAGGAGAGUGAAGACAUGGGGAUUGAAGCAGUCGGAGUUAAACAUGAAGAUACUGAGCAACAAACAGUUGCGCCAGUGUCUCAUCCGGCCAAACUUCGUAUCAUUCUCCAGGACCAUGACAUUCGCAAACUGGACUUGCCUCAUGGAAUCCCUGGCAGUGUAAAUGAACUUGAGUAUAUUGUGAGAAAGACAUUUGGCCUUGCUGGGAACUUUACUUUGCAUUAUAAGGAUCCUGAUUUCGGAGAGGAAUAUUUCUCUCUUACCUCAACAAGCGAAAUCAAGGACAAGGACACAAUUAAAGUGAUUCACAUUGUUGAACCUCCUACACUCACACUGACUUUUACCAAUGUGGAUAAUUCCAUUAAAAGUGCGUCAAAGACCUCCAUCCAGACCUCAGCAUCCUCGGUCUACACUUCAGUGACCUCCAUCCUUCCUUCAAACAGCAGUUCCUCUCCUGGAUCACUGGAUACAUCGAUUCUUUCGUCACCUGAACACAAGACUCAACGUUCACAGCGAUGGCCUACUGUGUUCCCAGUACCUCGCUUUGCCUAUGAUACAGAGCUCGUGCUUGCUUCAGGAAAUGAAGCUUUCAAGAAGGACGGAUUUCAACUCAACUUCACCUCAAUCCUUCCAGACAUCCUGGAGAAACUGGCCGAAAGCAUCUUUCAGUAUGUGGCCUAUCCAACAAGCGCACAGUUGUCUGAUGUCGCCGAGGCGCUGAUUCAGAAACAUCCUUGCCUUAAAGAGCCGGGCUCAUAUAAUGGAUGCUACGGAUGGCGACAAAGACUAAAGUAUAAAAUGGGCAACUAUAGAUCGAAACUGAGAAAUCUUGGGUGCCCUGAGCUCGAUGUGAACUCUCUCAAAAAGAAGCGAGCACAUGAAAAAGCACCAGCGAAGAAUAUUAAAAAGCCAAGAAAGGCAGAGGUGAACUUUUUGCCGCCUCACCCACAAGGAGAAACCGAAGAAAGCUUGGAGCUUGAACGGUUGGAGCUCCUUAAUGAAGUAAAGAUGAGGAACAAUUAUCAGAUCAUCAGUGAGAAGAUGGCAAAGACAUUCUCCAUUCGCAGGCAGGAAGUUGUCAGUCACGCACCAUCAGUCAUUGAGUUAAAAGACAGAUGGCCUGCUCUUUUCUGUGCAGAUCAGAUAAACGAAGAAUUCACAAGGAUCACCACUGUUAACCUGGAGGCCAUGUUUAUGGCAAAACUAGACCAGUACUUCCCGAAAAUAACGUCCUUGGUGUUGACAAGAAGAGGACCUGCAAAAAUGAAUAUUCAUCGUAUAAGGAACAUGCUGCUAGAGGAUUAUUCUCUGGAAAGGAGGAGAGAGGCUGCUAUCCGUUCCUUAAUGGUGCAUCUCAGAGAAAAAGAGGAAGAUCUCUUUAAAGAGUGCUUGAAUGAUGAGGAUAAUACCAAUGAAGUGAUGAAGAUUAUUAUAUCUAGAGGAGCCACAACAUCUGACCCAACCAGAGCAAGAAUUGUGAUUGAGGGAACAGAAGUCCAGGAAGACCUGGAAGUACCCAGAGCCUGCGCACUGCUAAUGGGGCUGAUAUACGCACUCAACCUCAGCUACCCAAAAGAACUGAAAAAUACCUUUGAGGCAUUUCAAAAGAUCUUCCUUGAGCUGGAUGAUCUGAAACCUAGCCCGAAGGUAAUGUCUCUAAAAAACAAACUGCUGUACUAAACUCUAGAAUUAGUCUGCUGUCAUCAAUCCCAAAUGUUGCACUGUGUUGCAAAAGUAAAAGUUUUCUUGUGCAUAAAACUACAGCAGCUGUACUGUUAACAGUGUAUUAGGAACACCUGGAUAAAAAAUGAAUGCAGUUUAAAGCAACAGCCCAAGCAAAACUGUUUAAAAACACUGCAUUCGUUUUCGCUAGGUGGACCCAAUAAACUAGAGAUUGAGUGUAUAUUGUUCAAAUCCAUUUAUCUUGUUCUUCUCUUUUUUUCCUUUUUUGGAAAUAAAACCACAUGUACUUAAUUACAAA